AAUCGUCACGGCCAGCGGUGAGGGGGCCCUGCAAGAAAGAAAGAAAAAAAUAAGAAAAUAAAAUGGCGAUCUUUGCGUGUUGUUCAUUUCGGAUCGGUGCGACUGUGAACGGAUUUUUCGAUUGAAAUCAAUCCACGGGUCCACGAUUUGGCCGUUAUAGUGGGUGCAUACGAACCAGGUACCUCCGGGGCCAUUGUUAGUUUUGCUCUGUGACCAUCGCGGAACGAGCCGGAAGUGGAAAUUCAACGGCGACUGUUGUGUGUGAUUCUGUAAGUGGGAAAGUUUUUCGAGAUUUUUGCUGACGAGAGAAGGAAUUUUUUUUUGGUUGGUUAGCGAGCGAACGACCCCAUGAGCACGAAGGAGUAAGCGAGAGCGGUUGUGGGUACGCAACGUAACAACGGGGAGGGCCUUGAGAGUGCGGACGGGCUUUUUUUUGCUAGUGAAAAUAGUCGCGAUUAAAAAUCGGCACACACAAACAUUCGACAGACCGAGUGAGUGGAAAAAUUGAAUCGCGGAUUUGUGGUGUGGAUGAUUUUGAGUCGCGCAGGAAGUGAUUUUUUACUCAGCUAGUGGUAUAGUUCCGAGUGCAGUGGUUAUCGUACCGGAACCGCUUUCCGGAAUACGCCACGGGGACGGUAGGCCAAUCAAACGCUUGUGAAAUAGAAGUGUGAGGAAGACGAAUUGCGGACGGGGCUCUGUUCGGUAGAUCGGCGAGAGAGUGAGGGAGACGGACUGACCGAAGGGGGUUUUUGUUUUGGACUUCAACUGGUGACAUUUUUUCGAAACGCAAAAAAAACAAUCACAAUCGGUCGUAGUUGGUUUGGACGAAAAGUCGGCAGGAAAUCGUGAAGAAAAACAAAGGAUUUUUCCUCCGAAGAAAAGUUUGGAUGUUUCUGAAGUUCCGAGUGCGGCGUCAAGAUGCGAACAGAUGCACUCGUCGACUUCAUCGAACCGACCGAGCUACUGACGACGACGACGACUGACGCAGUGGUAACGUCCAUCGCCCGGCUACGGUCGUGGUCAGCAGCAGCAGCAGCAGUGGCAGCACGGUGGCAGGAGAACUGCAGCCGGUUGCAAUAGUAGUAGCGCAGUGUGAGUGCAUCAGUUUUGUGUUUGAUUUUUUUUAUUGUGUCGCCUGCCCUAGCUUACGAAACUGGGGCAGAUUGUGCUCCCUUAUUCGGCAGGCCUCUUUCCACUACAUGUCGCACCGUGUGUGGAUGCAGAAUAUAGAGGAAUUGUAGUUCAAGUGAAACAGAAAAAAAUAUUCGAGAAGAAUCAAACCAACUACCGGUUAUAGUUGGAGCAGCAUAAGUUUGAGUACAUUACGGGUACACCGAACGGGGGGCAUCAGGGGGGAAAAACAAGAAUUAAUCCCUUGUCUGCCAGCUAGAGAGAAGGAAAAAUUUCUCAACUCUUGUUAAGGUGCAAAACAAACAAUCAAACUCUUCCAGUGGUGGAUGCCAGCAACGGUCCUGGCCAAAGCAGAUAGUAUGAUAAUCAAGGACGGAAAGAUUCGCUUUCCGUUGUAAUAUAUAGUGCAAGAUGAGCAAUGAAAAGUGGUAGGAAUCUGUACUCGUUCAGUUCAGUAGCAGGUGGUGGUACGUUUUCCGCGUCCGGUAUAGUUUCGGGAGUAGGAGCAGGAAACAGUUUGCCAGGAUCGUCGAUUGGAUCGUCGUCUUCAUCGUCGUCGUCGUCCUUGUCCGCUGCGUCGCUGCAGUCGACGGGAGGCGGAGGAGGUGAUUCGGAUAUGAAAAAAUCGCAGAAACCAAGGCACGAUGAGCAGGACAGCAGGAUGGAGCGCAGAGAACGCGACAAGCAGGCACGAGCUGCAGUGCUACAGGCCGAACGUGACGCGGAACCAGCAGCACCGAUAUUUGCCGCUCCGGUUAAAGUGGUAAGCAAUUUUGCAAUCAAUUCAAUUAUUUCAUCCGCAAUGCGUAAGUAAAUUGAAAUCCGAAAUUUAUAAAAUUCAGUAUCAGAAAUCAGAAAGAUUAUAUAUAGAUAAAGAUAUCUUAAUCGAAUCGUCCCGCUU